AAUCCCGAUAAAAAUCGGCGAUAGCUUACAGUACAACCUGUCCACUGUCCACGGCACCGCCCCCGUGCAUUCCGCGAGGAACGCGCGCUCGCUAUGAUUACAGUAACACUAUAGCUACUAAAUCGUCCUCGCGCGUCUACAAAUCUUCCCGUCGCUCUGCGUGCCUACACAGCGGGAAGCACUUCGUAUUCAAGUCUGUUCACCGAACAAUAAAGCAACGUUACAGGUAAUGCCAGAACAAUCACGAUGCUCGGAAUCUCCGUGAUAAUUGCAGUGUGCGUCUGCGUCGUCGCCCAAGAUCCAGAGGAGCCCGUCUCUUAUACGUGCACAGAUGGCUAUGAAUAUGAUCCAGUCAGACAAGCGUGCAAAGACAUCGACGAGUGCGUUAUUGUCACUGACGCCUGCAAGGGUGGAAUGCAGUGCUAUAACCAUUUUGGCGGCUAUCUCUGCCUCCCCCCAAACGCGCAAAUCUAUGUCAGUAGCGGAGACGAUCAGUCACAGCAAUCUGAGGAGCAAAAUUCCCCCAACCCUCCGGUACGGCCCACGGUGCGGCCACGGCGGCCCAUGGCCUGCAGUCCUGGUUUCACCCUCGACGAGCAGAGCUGCAGAGACAUAGAUGAGUGCACUAUGGGAAGACACACUUGCAGCCAAGACCAGAUUUGUUACAACACCCGAGGCUCCUUCCUCUGCCACUGUCAGCCAGGAUACCAGAAGAGCAGUGACCGAUGUGUGGACAGAGAUGAGUGCCUCCUAUCGCACUACUGCAUGCACAGAUGUGUGAACACACCUGGCUCAUACUACUGUGAGUGUAACAGUGGCUACCAACUUGCUAGCAACAACCACAGCUGUGUGGACGUGAACGAGUGUCAGGUCAGUCAACCGUGCCAGCACCAGUGCUACAACCUAAUGGGCUCGUUCAUUUGCCAGUGUAACCAGGGCUAUGAGCUGGCUCCAGACUCAGUCUCCUGUGUGGACAUUGAUGAAUGCGCCUUCUCGACCUACAUGUGCCAGUAUGCGUGCAUCAACAGCCCAGGCGAAUAUUCCUGUACCUGUCCCGAAGGAUACCAGCUCCAUGGAACAAGAAUGUGUCAAGACAUAAACGAGUGUGAAACAGGCCAUGAAUGUAGAGAGGAGGAGAUGUGCUGGAACUAUUUCGGAGGCUACCGUUGCUACCCCCUCAACCCUUGCCAGGAGCCUUAUACUCGCACAUCCGAAAAUCGGUGCGUGUGCCAGUCCACCAGUGUGUGUCGGGGCCUGCCGCAAUCGGUUGUUUACAAGUAUAUGAGCAUUCACUCGGAACGCGCAAUACCGGCAGACAUCUUCCAGAUCCAAGCCACCAACAUCUAUCCUAACACGCACAACACCUUCAGGAUCAGAGCUGGCAAUGAGGGGGGAGAGUUCUUCUUAAGGCGUUCCAGUAAUGUCAGUGCGAUGUUGGUGUUGAUCAAGUCCCUAGUGGGCCCUCUAGAGCUAAUUGUCGACUUAGAGAUGAUCACUUACCACACCGUCACAAACUAUCGCACCAGCUCCUUAUUACGUCUGACCAUCGUCGUGGGACCCUACACCUUCUAACAGCCACCAGCACUGCUGCUUUACAUCUUUAAACCUAUCCAGUAUGCUAACAUUCUAGCUACCUACUGCGAUAAUGGCGAAAUAUUAUGGACUGCUUUCUCGGUGGGGGGUGUUGAGAGUCUUACUGUUCAUUUUCAGUGUUAAUGCAGAAGUCUGCAGUUCUCACACCCCAACCCCUCCUCUUCAUCUUCAUUUGAAAACACCCAAAAUAAGUGACUUCAUACUGAAGGCCUCCACAACCAUCUAGCAGUUAAUCAAAAGCAUUGUGGGACUUCACCUUACCAAAAAGUCUUCAAAACUUGCUUACAUCCAUAGCAGUGAUGAUGAUCCAUGAGCUGUAGAAUACUGAGACAAUAUAAGUUGAGUCUCAUUGUUAAAGAAUAGCUUCAGGGAUAGAUUAAUGCUGAGUUUAAACCUACUAGCUGGUACUGGCAGUAAGGUAUAGCAGCUGCCUCCAGUCAUACAGGAGUUAUAUAUGGCUAAUAUGGCUAAAAUACUCAGGUUAAAAUUACUUUUAACCUUUUUAUACAUUUGUUUUUAAUCUAUAGAAAUAAAAACACUAUCAGAUUUUUGGACUAAUAAUUUAUAAGUCACUGUCAUCCGAGUCAUAGUGUAGGAUGUUCACAUAGUUAUGUUGCAGCCAUUGACCUCAUAGCCCACAUAACUGGUUAAUUCACAUGAAAAUAUUGGCACCAGGAAGUGAGUCCGUUGUAUUUUAAUGUGUUUUGAGCUAAAAGUUGGAAAUGGACAAAUGACAAAUGAAUAGCUAAUCUAUAGCCAUUAGCUAUAUUUUUUAUUUCACUUUAUUUUACUUGUAGCUCUCUGGGCAUAACAGUAUUUUUAAUGCCCCCUCUUACCCAGUCACUGUUCCUUUCAGUAUUGACUAAGGCAUUGGAAUGAAUAAGGUGAAGUCAUGUUCAAUCUGGCAACAAAAUGUUAUGCAUGUUCAGAGGUGUUUUCAAAUUGGUGAGAGCAUUCAUGGCGUCAAUUGUUAGGGUUAGGGUUAGGUGGGGCUGUUUGUAUGGCUGGAUUCUGCCACUUUAAUAAAUCCAGAUUAGAUUCUUUUUCAUUCUGAAUGCGCCUCUGUAACGAGUCUCAGUGGCAGAUGGGUAACACAGGGCCAAAGCCAAAAUAAAUACAGCCAGAAAAUGAUGGCAUUGCCAACAGUCUGGCAGAACUUAUGAGUGUUUCUCACAAAUGGACCCAGUGGGCUAAUGCAAUGGAAGGGGUUUGAUCAUCUACAUUGGUUUCAGUGGCUUUACUAUGCCUGUGUUCCUAGUCCAAGAUAUAAAACACUACCAAAUAUCAAUCCUAGUACUCUGAACAUGUAUUGAUGGAUUCAGUAUAGUGCAGUCAUGAUCCAUGCAAAAGCAAGCAGUUUGUUGUCUUGUAGCUCUGUUAUAGCCCUUUGUUCGUACAGCACUGAUGACGUGGAAUUAGCCACUUCAGUUCUGUGUUUGUUUUAAAGCUCAACUUAGCCACUGGGCUUACGACAAUGGGGUUUUUCUUUAAUUAUUACUACUGUAGAGUAGCCUACAUGUAGUUAAACUUCUACAGUCUAACAUGCAGUGCCUUAUAUAUAAAUUCAGUAGUAACUGCAACAGCCUGCUCCGUUUCUGUAUAUUCUCAGUACCAGUCAGUUUUUAAAAAAGCCCUAUGCCGUUAAGAGUCUUCUGACAUUCUCUAUUUAAAACUGGUUUCAUACAUAAUCAUGAAUGUUUUGUACUCUGAUGCAGAAGAGAAUUGUUGUAAAGAAAUAAAGGUUAUAUUUAAGAUUCA